AGUUAAUGUACUGUGAUUCGACGACAGGAUCAUGCUAAAGAUGGAAGAAAGGAUUGCGCCGAACGUGCAGGCUUCAGCCUUCAACAAGUGAUCGUAUUUUUUCGCGCGUGUAGUCAGUGGUACUUGAGUAGCCUUUGCCGGCCGGAGUGUUCUUAUGAAUAGGGCGUGUUUUUGCGUGAGCUUUGGAAGAUGACGGGAAAGACUGCGACGUGUCUCAGUGGUGCAGCAGUAACGUCGCACGUGGUUGCGUCUCCCAUCGGCCGAAUUUUUGUUUCCGUUUGCCGGAAGGGUAUCCAUAGCAUACAUCUCGAGCCAGCAGGAGUGGGAAAAAUAAACGAUGCGGAAGUUGAGCUUGAAGAAAGCGAGGAAUGCGGUCCACCAGACGCGGAACAUGUCAUGAACGCAGUAAAUUGGCUGAAGCACUAUUUUGUUCGGUGCAGCCCUGAAUGUGAACAGCCUGGAUUAUGUCUUGAAGGUCAUACCGACUUCCGGGUUAAAGUUUGGUUGUCACUGAAGGACGGGACGAAGCGUGGUGAUCGCAUCAGUUAUAAAGAAUUGGCCAGAUUAGCUGGAGUUUCAGAGAAAAGUUCGCGAGCUGUUGGCCAAGCAAUGGCUAAUAAUCCUUUCUUGCUCUUGGUUCCAUGUCAUCGUGUCAUUCUGAGCUCCGGAAAAAUCGGACACUACUCCAGCGGCAAACGGGACGACGUGAAGCGUUAUCUACUCGAGUUGGAAUUACAUUGA